AAACGCAGAGCUCAGCUGUCAGGGAACACAGGACGGCUGCAACAGGUGCACGGAUGCUGCGUCAUGCAAGCUGAGGGUGACGCAGUGCUGAUCUAAUAACCUGCUUCGAUGUCCCGUUCUCUCUCACUCCACAUUUGUCCUGUAAAUUAAGUGAUUAAAAUGCUCUACAUAUAACAGGUUAUAUGGGGGCGUCAAGACCAGAUAUUAGCAAAUGACCCUGCUACACAAGAGUGUAAAAUAAACUCAAUAGGGUCUUACCACUGUGUGCUUAACAUGUCCCACAGAAAGGCUGGGACCCUUGAGGUCAGAUCUCUGGGUCACUGAGGUCAGCUGGCCUCUGUGACUCAACCUUGAUCCCAUCGCCUGACAUGGUCAGAGAAGGAGGAAGUGAUAUAUGAGCAGAUAUGAUGACUCAUUUAAGAAGUACAAGGAAUUACUCUGUGACAGAGCAGAAGUGUAUGUACACGCACUGAGGUAGUGGAAGCAACGAGAGUAGCCUACUCUACAGCUUUAACAUAUCCUACCAUCAGCUGAUUGUGUCUACAGGAGAUACCUGCAGAUAAAAGCCUCAUCCCUUGUUGGAAAGUAAAGCAGAGCAACAGCGCUGACUUCUGUCCUGAACAUCAGUGUUUAAACCUGUGAGCUCUCACAAACAGCACCAGCUCCAGACAGCCUAGAGAUGGACUCCCUCAUGUCGUGUGUCUGGGAAGAAACCCUCCACCAAGAGAGGGGUGAAGGGCGGGCAGUGUGGCCGCAGGAGCAGCGUCAGCAGGAGGAGAAGCCUGCCCUGCAGCAGCCAGAAGGUCCCCGACUCCUGGCUCCGACUGUACCAGGAGGAGCUGAAGAGGGAGAGGGCGGGGAACACGUCACUAGUUCUCAAACAGGCAAUCUAGUCUCUUAUAUCAUGAAACAACAGCAGGCCAAACUUGCCAAGAAGAACGCACAGAGGACGGUCAGGAGAACUCAAUUCAGGAGCCACCACUGCCUCCCAAGGCAGACCAAGUCCCCCAGGAAGCCGGCCUCGGUGAAGGACGACUCGUUCUUCAGAGCAUUUCAGGGCCUCAGUCUGGACGAGCUGCUGGGGAGCAGCCGGUCCUCUGCUGCUGCGGGGGGGGGGGGGGAUCAGUGUAAAGUCAUGUCACACCUGACUGCACGACAAUCAAAUGGUCCUCAAGAGACUGAAAGGACAGACAGCUCACGGAGGAAAGGCAGAGGCUCGCACCUUAACCCAGGAAGAGGGGAUAAGGCCAAUAUAUUCGUCUGUCUUUGUUUCUUUCAGUUGAUAUUAAUUGUUCAUGAUGGUUGUUUUGCAUUGAACUCUGUAGCCACUUGUGAAAAUGGAAUAUAUUGAUAUUGAGUAAAUCUGACACUUUGACCUU